AUGUUAUUUUUUUAUCCGGCUGAUUGUCACUGGGCCCUCAUCAAUCUCACGUUUCAUAGUGCAUCCGUCAAUAGCAGCCUUCCCUUUCUAUCGGACACAUUGGCCGAGUCUGUAGGCGCAGAGCCCAUCCCACAAGCCCUCGCCCUGUUCACAUCCUUAUCCAAUGUGUUCAUGUUUGUCUUUCGAGUCCCACAUGGCCAUUUAGGUAAUGUUACCCAAGCCCUUGAAUUGGUCACCUCAAAGGGUGAGGAUGCUACAUGGACAAUCGAGCGACCCCGUAUGAAGGGCAAUCCUAUAUCACUAGGAUACUGGAUCGGGAGUCCAUGGCUCUCGUUCCUCACUGGGCCAAGCAUGGGUUCGCGCUGGGUCGAGUCGCCAAAAGGCCGCGAGGUUCUCACCGACGCUUUCAAUGCCACCAGCCGGUUUGCCCGCUUACAAACCCUAACGAUGGCCCCCGGCAAGUGCCUCCAUAUCUGCUUCCGCACCACGACUGGCGAUGCGAUGGGAAUGAACAUGAUUUGCAACUUCUACGCUAACAAGAAGUCUGCCGCUGUUAACUUGAUCUGUGGCCGGUGCAAGUCAGCGGUUGCAGAGGCCACAGUCCCCGCCUACACCCUCCGUAGCAUCCUGAAGACUGAGGUGAAUUCGCUGGUUGAGCUGAAACGCCGCCAAAAACCUGGGCGGCGGCGCCAUGGCCGGCAGUAUGGGCGAGUUCGACGCCCAUGCCUCCAACCUGGUCCAGGCUGUGUUACUGGCCACCGGUCGGGACCCAGCGCAGAAUGUGGAGAGAUCGGUGAUAACCUGCAUAUUGCCGUCUCCAUGACCUCGAUGGAGGUCAAAACCACUGGUGGAGGCAAUAUUUUUGAAGCCCAGGGAGCCAUGUUGGACUUGCUUGGAGUGCGCGGUGCUCAUCCCAUCAAUCCCGGCGAAAAUACUCAGCAGUCGGCUCAUAUAGUGCCGCGGCCGUGCUGGCGGGCGAAUUGA